GAAGAGAGGCUUCGGUGUAAAGAGUAUGAGCAUCUUAACAGAGCAGGUCUGCUGGGAGUCUCGCUCCUAAUCUGAGAGGAAGCUUUGGAUACUGUCCACCCAUCAUCAGCCUGGCUGCUUAUUGCUGAGAUUUGAGGAAUGAGUAUGAAAACGUAUGAAAGCCUGAGGAGGACUUCACUACAUAUCAGUUUUUAAUGAAUUGCAAAAUGUCUGACUUUGAGGAUUUCAGUAAGCCAGGAGGGCAGGCGAAUGUAUCUGAAAGCUACCAGCUGAACCCCACCAGUGUGAUUGUGUCAGUGGUCUUCUCCCUCAUCUUCCUGCUGGGCACCAUCGGCAACAGCCUGGUGCUCGCUGUGGUUCUGCGGAGCGGGCAGUUGGGAUACAACACAACCAAUCUGUUCAUACUCAACCUGAGCGUGGCCGACUUCUUCUUCAUCAUCUUCUGCGUUCCUUUCCAAGCCACCAUCUACUCUCUGGAGGGCUGGGUGUUUGGUUCCUUUAUGUGCAAAGUGGUCCACUUCUUCAUCAACCUCACCAUGUAUGCCAGCAGCUUCACACUCGCUGCUGUCUCUGUUGACAGGUAUCUGGCCAUUCGUUACCCGCUGCGCUCCAGAGAGCUACGGACCCCGUGUAACGCAGUGGUUGCCAUGGUGAUAAUCUGGGGUCUCUCUCUGGUUUUUGCGGGUCCUUAUCUCAGCUACUACGACCUCAUCGAUUACGCCAACAGUACAGUGUGCAUCCCUGGCUGGGAGGAGCAGAACAGGAAGGUGCUGGACACGUGCACCUUCCUGGUCGGCUACGUCAUCCCCGUGUUGAUUGUGAGUCUCUCGUACACUCGAACCAUCAAGUAUCUGUGGACGGCUGUCGACCCUCUGGACGGCAUGUCCGAAUCCAAGAGGGCCAAACGCAAAGUCACCAAAAUGAUCAUCAUUGUCACUGUGCUUUUCUGCAUCUGCUGGCUGCCGUACCAUGUGGUGAUCUUGUGCUACCUGUACGGAGACUUUCCUUUCAAUCAGACCACCUAUGCCUUCAGGCUUCUCUCUCACUGCAUGGCCUACGCCAACUCUUGUGUCAACCCCAUCGUGUACGCUCUGGUGUCCAAGCAUUUUCGGAAAGGCUUCAAGAAAGUGUUCAGCUGCAUCCUCAGUAAAAAUGGGAGAAAUAAGGUCCAUGUGGUUCAUGUAGCCAACACUGUGCCCGGGUUUGAAGCAGGCUCCACUGAGGUGUCGCAGAUGAACGAGGAGAACGUACGACAGAAUGAGUGUGAAAUGAUAAACAGGCGGAUUGUAGAGCCAAGAGAAGCCACAGUGACACUGAAUUUGCCAUUUCAGCGGCAGACUUGACAAGUGAUUCAGCUUUGCUGACAGGCUCAGUGCAGAUUGCCUUAUGCGAAAGACAUUACAGCUACUAGAAAUGUGUUAACUUCUCAUCAUGACAUUCACAGUUUUGGCGGCAAAGAGGAGAUGAGCUCAAAUGAAACAUGAAGCAUUCAUUUGCAAAAACAGAUAUCUCCGUUUUUAGUUAUUUUACAAAAUCAUGUUAUUUUGUGUUCGAUCCAGGAAAUAUCAUUACAAAUUGGUAUCAGGUUGUUUUGAUAAGAGAGCUCAAUUUUUUCAUAAAUCACUUUUUUUUAUUGUGCACUCAAGGGAAUAUCAAUCAAACUAGUGUUGGUUCAUUCAUUUUUUAGAAUGGCUUUUAUCCAUUUUUAACAAAUGAACUCUUCAUAGUUACGCAGAUAAAUAGUGUUAAUGUGUAUACGGUGAGUCCACAACCAAAAAUGUGUUUGUUUCAUCAUUUUUGUCAAGUACUUACUCCGAUAAUGCUCCAUUAACAGAUAUACACAGUCAGAAAGGUUUGUUAGUUGUGUUAAAAGUGAAAAAUUCUCAGUAUUUUCUGUUUCCACCAUUUGCCUUAACCAUAGCCUGCACUUUGGUGUUUAUUUCUAUUUUCAUAAGCAUUUCAGAAUCUACAUGAUUCCAGCACUCUUUAAGAGCAGCACAGAAUGUUGGGUGUAUUUCCAACACCAUGUUUGACUGUAGCUCAUAUGUUCUUAUGUAGUCUUUUCCUCACAUAAACUCAGCUGCAAAUGCAAUCUUCACAGUCAGAUUUGGACUAGUUUUGAAAGCGUUAAGCUGCAUCUCACAACCCUUAAAUUGCCUCCUCAAUUCCUCCACUUGCCACUUUCCUCGCGUCUUAGUCCCACCCACCGAGGAAGCAUGGAAGGAGAGAGGCAACGAGCAAAUGUGUUUUAGAGAGAUGAGACGUCCUUUCUUUUGAAGCGUCUCAUAAAUUGGGAGCAACUCCUUCAGCUGCAUGGCUUCUGGUAAGGCUGCUCUUGUGUAUCCUUGCUCAUGGCUCCUUCGGUGAUCCCUCCUCGAUGCUCGCUCCUCGGUCCUUUGGGCAGGAAUAAGAGCUUUGAGAAGACAGAACAACAAGUUUAAAUACUGGUAUAUUUAAAUGAUAUACUGUAUGUUAAAAAAAAAAACUCUCAGAAAAGUAUGUGCAAACAUGAUAUUCAGUUAUAUUUCAAUUUCGUACCAGCAUUUAAAAUCUAUAAAUUUUGAUUGGAAUACAUUCUGGUGUAAGAAAAAGUUUAAGAAUCAGGUGUCAAAAUACAUUUGGUAAGAGCUUUAUAAGUAGUUGAUAAAUAUUUAAAAAUUCUUGGUAAAAGACUCAAGUCUUCUUGGACCCCUACUAGAAAACUGGACAUAUUUUCUUGCUUUACUUGUAUUUUGCAAUGAUUGUAGUCAUGGCAUGUUUCUCUUUGGUGUAAAAUAUGAUAUACUUAAAUUAAUAUGUUUAUCAAUGAGUGCACUUACAGUAAGCAAUUAAGAGUUAUGUAUUUUAAAGGUGUGUAUUUUAUGUAUUUAUAUUCUUCAGUAUCUCUCUCUGUUGUGUCCUACUUUAGAGCUGUACAGAGAAAAGCUUACAUGUGUUUUAGCUGUGUUCGGUUCUGAUUAUGUAAGAUGCAAUUUUCCUCUUGAGAGACUCAUUUCCAGACAGAACAUUCUCCUUUGCACUGACCAAUUUUCCUCCAGUUUGUUUUCUGUGAUUUUGCCCGUUGCAUCUUAAUGUGUAUACAUUAUUUUUCUGUUUGUUCUGUUUCAUCAUUUUGACUUUCAAACGUAACCGC